UACAAUAUCUUUUUUAUUUUUCUACUUUAUUAAUCUCCUACUUUUGAUAAGAACAACUACAACCUUAAACACAGCAGAAGAAGAGAUCAUUAGUCUCUGAUUCUUGAUUCGACUCAGUAAUGGAGGGAAGGAGAUUGAAUUUGUAUGCUCCCUUACCAUCAAUAAGGCGAAUUUCAAGUAAAAUAGAGCAUUCAAGUGAAUCAGAGAAGAGCCAGAAGAUGACCAUAACCAGACCAGAGCUUCGAUCAUGUCCGAGCAAAGAACAAGAAACGCCGGUUUUUGUAUUACCAGACCAGAGCUUCGAUCAUCUCUCAGAGCCAGUUUCAGUUCCUUUUGUGUGGGAACAGAUCCCUGGAAAACCAAAAGAAGACAUGGCUACAUUGAUUCAACAAUCAGGCUUACUAGAAACCGAUGAAGACGAAGAUGAAGAUUUGGAUACAGUUUCUUCAAACGGAAGCUUCUCUGUUAAUUGCAGCACAAGCGGAGUCGAGAACGGUGAGAAAUCUGACGAUGAUGUGUCGUCUAGAGAAAGUCUCGAUCUAAUGAUGUCAAGAUUCUUACCAGCUGCUAAAGCAAUGGCUUUCACACAUCAGAAACAUCAGUCUUCUUCUGCCUUUAACUCUUCAGAGCAGAAGCAAACCAUACAGAACAGAGAAGCUCUUGUAACUCGCCAAAGAAGUCAAUUAGUCGCAGAACAUGAACAUUUCGCCAUUAUUCAGAGCCUUUAUGAUGAUCUAAACAUCGAUGAUGAUGACGACGACGAUGAGGAGGAGGAAGAUGAUGGUCAAGAUGAUCACCGAAUCCACCCAAAGGUCACUAUCAAGAAAGCUUGUGGAUUCUUGCCAAGGCUUUGUGCUAAGAGCUCAUUCAAGAUUCUAAAUCCGGUUCCUUUGGAUCCAGGAUUAAACCGGGUUCUCAAACAUUCGGGUGAUCAAACCAGGUUACCAAACUGGUCGACUAGGCGUCUCUCCGGUUUUAUCUCUCCCUACCGAACCUCUUGUUCGGAAACCGGUUUUCUUGGAGCUCCAGAGAAACCAGAGAGCUUCAAAAGGCUAAACAGAGGAAUAAGCAAGUCUCAAGAACUGUAUCCAACAAGAACAAAAAGAGAGAUUCUUCCUAACUAUUCAAAUUCUGGAGAAAUCAGAAUGUUUAGAAACUCGAUCUCAACUCCUUCGAGGACGAUUCACGACUCGAGGUUUCUUGUGGAGGAAGUAAACAGAAGAAGAAGAAGCAGCAGCAUCAACAGGUCAGGGAAUCUUCUGAAAAUGUCGCCGGAAUAUGCGGCGGCGAUUUCUCCGCCGCCUUUACCAGAAACCCCGUCUCGACCGUGGCUCCGACGAACACUCCUCGCGCCUGCGAGCCCGAGACCGUACAGCGUCGUUUUAAGUCAAGUUGAUUCCAAGAAAAUGAAUCAAGAAAUUCUUGAAUCUACGAAAUGGGAAACGAUCGUUAAAACAUCGUAUGUUCACAACGAUCACGUUCGUUAUUCUCAGGAGCUGAUUGUUCAUCCAUGUCGCCAGCAAAAUACAUAAAACCAGAAAGUUACUUCUGUUUUUACAGUAAAAUUAAAUUAAUAAAUAGUUAUAAAACUUGCCUCUUGUUUUUUUCUCGCAGGCAACACGAAUUUACCCGAGAUUGAUUUUGUUUUUUGUUUUUCUCAAAUUUUCGUGUGUUAAUUAUAAUUGCGGCGUGUGUUUUUCGGACCACAUAUUUUGUAAUUGAGGAU